UCGCCGGCAUUUUGGAAGUGGUGCCGUAUCUGCAAUCUUUCGACAAUUUCUUUGUGUUUUUGCCAAUAAAAAUGUCUAUCGAACAACAAUUUGAGGGGCCGGUGACCCACAGAAUCAAGAGUUUCAAAAAUAAGGGAAGAGACACAGAGGAGAUGAGAAGGAGGAGAAAUGAGGUAACAGUUGAAUUACGGAAAAACAAGAGAGACGAAAGUUUGUUGAAGAGAAGAAACGUUCCCAUCCUUGAAGGAGAAUCAGACGAAGAACCUGUGAGCCAAAUCUCUUACUUAGAACUCGUGCAAAAAGCAGCCAGUAACCAACCCGCUGUACAACUCCCUGCCGUUCAGUCAGCCCGUAAGCUACUGUCCAGUGACCGUAACCCUCCGAUAGAUGAUCUUAUAGCAUCCGGAAUACUGCCAGUGCUGGUCGAAUGUUUAGAUAGUUCAAGUUCCGCAUUGCAAUUUGAAGCGGCAUGGGCUCUAACGAACAUAGCCUCGGGUACGUCGAAGCAGACGAUGGCAGUCGUUGAGGCAUGCGCCGUACCGAAAUUUGUUAAUUUGUUAAAUUCCGAUCAACCCAAUGUCUGUGAGCAAGCAGUGUGGGCGCUAGGAAACAUCAUUGGUGACGGACCCGCCUGCCGGGAUUUCUGCAUCAAAGAGGGCGUAGUGCGACCCUUACUUAGCUUCAUCCAGCCCAAUAUCCCACUCUCCUUCCUUCGCAAUGUCACCUGGGUCAUAGUCAAUCUGUGUCGAAACAAGGAGCCACCACCAAGGGAAGAGACCAUCCGAGAACUAUUGCCAGCACUCAGUGCUCUUAUCCAUCAUACAGACACAAAUAUCCUUGUAGACACAGUAUGGGCAUUGUCAUAUCUAACGGACGGCGGAAACGAUCAGAUUCAACUUGUCAUCACGUCCGGAGUUGUCCCCUUUCUUGUACCUCUCCUCAGCCAUAAAGAGGUCAAAGUUCAGACAGCAGCAUUGAGGGCAGUAGGGAACAUCGUUACUGGAACCGACGAGCAAACCCAAGUCGUACUCAGCUGCAAAGCAUUAUCACACUUCCCCAAGCUACUCACACACCCCAAAGAAAAAAUCAACAAGGAAGCCGUGUGGUUCUUAUCGAACAUCACAGCUGGUAAUCAGCAGCAAGUACAAGCCGUCAUCGAGUAUAAUCUACUCCCAGAAAUAAUUAGGCAUUUAGAUGGGUCGGAUUUCCAGACGCAAAAGGAAGCAGCCUGGGCAAUCAGCAACCUGACGAUAAGCGGCACCAAGCCCCAGGUCAUGGCGCUAGUCCAUCACAACGUCAUCAAACCACUCUGUAACCUGCUUCUAGUCAAGGAUCCCCAAGUGGUGCAAGUUUGUCUGGACGGAGUUUACAAUAUCCUUAAAGCAUCAGGAGAUAGCUAUCAAGAAGUGGCCACAAUGAUCGAGAUGUGCGGAGGACUUGAUAAGAUUGAGAAACUUCAGAGCAAUGAAAAUGAUGAAGUUUACAAACUUGCAUAUGACAUCAUUGAUCAAUACUUUUCAGACGACAUCGAUGAAGAUGAUCCCGCUCUAGCUCCCCAGGUAGUCCAAGGCGGCUACGAGUUCGACGCCAACACCAACAUCCCUGGAGAUGACUUCAAAUUUUAACCCCCCCCCCCUUCCUCCAUCCCUACCAUGACCAGCUUAACACCUGAGACCAUUACCCAGCACCACCAUUCCCCCCCCCCCCAUCCCUCAAGCUCCUCAGACACAUCAUCCUUCUUGCAAAGGUAGAAAUAGAUGUUCAACUCGCCUACAGCCGGACGAUGAACGACUCCCGAGGUCAACGGUCAUCUCCAAAGGUCAGAGGUCAGACAGGUUGAACUUGCAAGUGUAACUAUUAAUAGGGUGAGAUGAGUUAAUGUUUUAGCUGGGUGAAAUUGUGACGAACAUGCUCUUACCUUUUCCUGUUCUGGAAUUGAAGUCACUCAUUUUUUCCAGACGUAGUAAAUAAUUGUAAUUUAAAUGAGAGUUAUAAAGAUGGGCAUUUGUCAUUUGCCGCAACCUUGUUGUUUUAAUAAGCCUUGGCCAUACUUAAAAUUAAAGCACUACUCAGCAGAAUUGAUUACUUAUCGGAUUUAGCAACUUAGUACAAACAAGCGGGAAACUAGUCGUGAAUCGUUAUACAUAACAUGAUAUUUUGCCUGGUAACCUGUUAAUUCUUAGCAAGUUGUUUUCUGUGGAUAGCCAACAAUUUGUGAAUAAGUAGCUCUUUAAAGGUUUCCAACAAAUUGCACAAAGUUUGACAAACUUAUGCCACAUCCUGACCCCCCCCCC